AUGCGUCAUGUCAUUUAUUAUCUUUCACGCACAUCAUCGUCAUCAUCAUUAUCAUCACCAUCAGUUUCUAUCACUUUUGUCAAUUGCUCUGGUAAAGUGGCAGGAGGGUAUGAUGGAAUUAACGAAACGGACUCCACAAGAGAAGAGAUAUGUCCAGAACGCUGGUAUAUAACUUACAAGAGGGUCUCAAUGGGGUUAACCGAUAGGCGUAAAACGGCCAAAAAUUUAGUCGAUAGCCGUAAAAAUUGAAAAAUUUUAACCGUUAGCCGUAAAUAGGGUAAGAAAGAGUUAACCGUAAAAGAAAUUGUUCCCUGGAUUUGUUAGUUUUAAGGAAGGUGCUAAACUCACUUAUGGUUGCGUUUUUAUUUCCCGGCUACUUUGACUGCGUACGCACGUUAGGCCAAGCGCCUAGCUUUUAGGUGUUGACCUAGGCCACCUAGACCUAGGCUCCAUUUCUGCCGCCGCUCUCUCGGGGAACUAAUUUUUUCCAUAGCGAAAAUCUGGCUUCUUGCUGGGGAUUAAUAUUUGAGAUUUUCUAAAGGUCGUGCCCUCGAAAUAACAGCAACACGCAGAGAUGUCACUCUUUGUAACACGUCGACGAUAAACAACAAUUCCAUGUAACAAUUCUCUGUUUUUCUCUAACGCUACGGCGUCUUCCCACGCAAUCUCGGUGNUGAUAGCUCAAUCCGUACAAUUUAGUAAAAUUGCCAAAAAACUGAACAUAGAUUUGUGCCAAUUUUUUUCUCAUCGAAAGGAAGCACUGUCCUUAUUAAACUCAUGAAAUAAAAAAUGGAGGUCACCGUACUCGUUUUUGCGGUAGAGCUGCAGAAAGUGCGCACCAAAUGCAUUUCUCCGUUUUUUGAGAGAGGACUGGGGCGAAUUUCAAAAUAGAAUGUAUGUGAAAGGGAAGAAAGUAUUAAAAAAUCCAUUUUUACAGAACUUACAUCGAAAUAUCACAUUUAGGACACAAUGUGAUAAAGAAAGCGUUUAAAUGAAAAUCAAAGUGAGUAAGCACAAGUUAAACAUCCACUAUCGAGGUUCUCCUUGAGGAAGUCGAACUCAGCAACACGAGGACUGCUUUCGUUAUGCACAUUCCCAACACUUUGAGUCUCACCUCGGGAAGAAACAACCGCAAGCAAAAAUUCCAAUAACGUUUCUCUUCAGUCAACUUCAUUUUAAUAAUGUUUCUUCAAAUGCUCUUUUCUACGGCGGCCAUCUUGUUAUGCGCAGUAAGAGAUGCGCAGUGCAAAACCAGGGAAUCACCUUAAUCUAACCGUGUGGACGCAGUUUAUUAGAAUUUUUUUUUUUAUUCCAGAUACAUUGGGAAUGGCGCUCUCGGGCCAAGAUGUUAAGGUGUUAUAAAAAACUGAGAGUAAACUUUCACAAAUUCAAUUUUCACAAGCCUAAGCGAUGCGAGAAGAAAGCUAAAAAUCAUUGAUUGCUCUGGGAAGUUCGGGGAAAAGACGUGUGCCGCUGAGAUCUUCAAAUCCUGACUCUUUGCUCAUUUCGCUUGACUUGAAUCAGCUUAUUGCAUGCCUUCAACGAGCACGAGAUGUGUUACACGGCAGAAAAUGAGUGGCCACAUGUCGAAUCGUCUAUUCACGAUAACUGAUUUUUUAUGACCGAGGCAAGAAAACAAAAUCAUAUCUUACAGGACUUCUGAACUGCUGCUUAUUGGACGAGGUUGAGUAAAAUAUCGGGAUUUGUCAGUGGCGAAGCAAAAAAAAUAAUCUGCGAGACAAUGACAAAUCACGAUAUUUUGCGAUAACCGAGUUCAAUGAUUAUCAUUUGAUCAUCGAGUUUGUUUUUCCCCCGGUAAUAAAUAUCUUCUUCUAAAGUUUCUGAAAGGCCAGCCAAGGGAUCUGCCACUUUUACCCGAGAGAGAUCGCAAGAAAGAGAAAAGAGUGGUUUCAUUUACGCAUGAGCAAAAUAUUAUUUGCAGCCAAAAAAGGGACGACAUAUGCAUGAGCAGACAAUUAUUUGUAAGCAUUUAUUUUGCAGGUCAAGUGGUGGGCUCUCGGCCAAGGAGAAGGAAGAAAAAUUUGCAUCGAAUGAUAAUAAGUGAUAUUUUAAUGCCAAGGAUGCAAUCAGUCAAAGUUAGUAUGGCACUUUCCGAGUGACGUGAACUUUGCAUUGCUCCUCUUCAAUGCCGGAAAAGUAGUCACGAUUUUAGUUCGAUUUUAGGUAGGAUAUACGUGAAAUAAUCUGCUGCAAUUAUUUUUGCGAACUUGUUCUAAAUCCCAGCCGUAAGACGUUAAAAUCAAGGCUAAUUUUACAUUCAACUACUCAACUGUUCAAUUUUCAUCUUCGACACUAGCACUAAGACCUAAAAUGAUUAGGACUAAACUAAGACAAAUAGAAUUUGUUUUCUCUUACCAUUUUAGUUGUAAAAAACGUAACAAGAGAACACUUUCAAGAAUACUUCUAGAUUAGGCUUUCCAAAUUUUCAUCACAUCUUGCUUCGGUUAUGAUUAAAACUUUUUGUCACAACGACACUCGAGUAACGUAAAAUAUGAAACAAAAGAAAUUAAUUUUUAACUUUGUUGUUAACCGUAACUGGAAAAAAUUAACCGAUAGCCGUAAAAAAGCCAAAAUUUUAGCCGAUAACCGUAAAAGGCACCACCCCAUUGAGACCCUCUUACAACAAGAGAGCUAAGUUGUCGGAGGACACGAAAACGAUGUUUAAUGUCAGUGGUGCGAAACCUGGUAAUGAUCAUGGAGAGCUCGAAAAGGCAAUAAUGAGUCGAGAUGAAGAGGAUGCAGUCUUAGAUGGUGUAGUGCUCUACGAUGGAAUAUACGAUAAAGAUGCUACUCAGAGGGGCCACAGUUCUCUGUCGUGA